AUGACAGAGGAGGAGGAGGAGGAGAAGGAGAAGGAGAAGGAGUUUAUAUAUAUCAUAUCAAAAACGUUGGGCACUGGUGCCUGUGGAGAAGUGAAGCUGGCCUUUGAAAGGGACACCUGUAAGAAAGUGGCCAUAAAAAUAAUAAAUAAACGGAGGUUUAUGGCAGAUGUUUUGCCGGAGAAUGACAAGCCUUUUAAUGUGGAAACGGAAGUGGAGAUUCUGAAGAAGAUUGACCAUCCUUGCCUUAUCAAGAUAAUAGACUUCUUUGAAGAAGAAGACUUUUACAUUGUUUUGGAAUUGAUGGAAGGUGGAGAGCUAUUUGACAAGGUUCUGUGUCCAGCAAGACUGAGUGAAGCAACAUGCAAACUUUAUUUCUAUCAAAUGCUUUUGGCUGUGCAGUAUCUUCAUGAAAAAGGCAUUAUUCACCGGGACCUGAAACUGGAGAAUGUGCUGUUGUCAUCUACUGAGGCAAAUUGCCUUAUAAAGAUAACAGAUUUUGGUCAAUCCAAAAUUCUUGGAGAAACAUCCCUUAUGAAAACAUGUGGUACACCUGACUAUCUUGCUCCCGAAGUUCAAAAUUUUGCUGAGACAGGAGGUUAUGGGCACUCAGUGGACUGCUGGAGUCUGGGAGUCAUUCUCUUUAUUUGCCUCUCCAGAUAUCCACCCUUCUCUGAUAAAAAUGCUCGUCUGUCUCUGAGGGAGCAGAUCGCCCAGGGAGAAUAUUACUACUGUGCAGAAAUAUGGCAGCAUGUGUCAGAGGAGGCCUUUGACGUUGUGCAGAAGUUGCUUGUGGUGGAUCCACGGAAGCGUCUUAAAAUAGAAGAGGCUUUAGAACAUCCCUGGCUUCAGGAUGAAAAUAUGAAGCACACUUUUCAAUGGUUAAUCACUCAAACACAGGAGCCUGUGCCUGCAUCAGAGGCGUCAACUUUGCCACCCACCAGCAGGAGGAAACGGCGCCACCCGCAGGAGCAGGCUGGUCCCUCCAAGGUGCAAAAAUACCUGAAGGAUGUUUUUAAAGAGGAGGAAGAUAGACAUGCAAAAUUGAAAAUCAAGACUGAGUUCCACAUUGAAGAUUUCUAUGACAAUGAUACCAAAUUCUUCACCAAGACAGUCCUGUGUUCUGAGCAAGUUGAAGUUACUGUGGUUUUAUAA